AUGGCCAUCCAUACGGUACGGUAUCCCCCUACCAAGCUCAAGGUCAUGGUUGUUGUGGCUGUCGAGUAUAUGGAUCUCACCCUCUGUUUGCUUGACGAGGCAACUUAUUCAGACCCCUCCAAUAUCUCCUCCUUUCUCCCCCCCUCUUCCUCUCUUUCUCCUCUCCUCUUCCUUUCCCCUCCCCCUCCCUCCUCUACCUCCCUCCCAAAUCACCGCUCGCUUCGAAACAGUGGCCGACUUACCUCUCCCUUCUCUCCCUUGUGUUCACCACAGCAAAAAGCCAACCUCGCUCGCAUCCGAGAUAACCAGAGAAGAUCUCGGGCUCGGAGGAGAGAGUACAUUGCGGAGCUCGAGCAGCGCCUGAGGGCGUAUGAACUAUCCGGUGUCGAAGCAAGUUCCGAGGUACAGCUCGCUGCCCGACGAGUGGCUGAAGAGAACAGACAGCUUCGGGAACUCUUGCACAAGCACGGCUUCCAAGACGAAUACGUCUCCUCGUUUCUCCUCCAGCAGGCGGGGACGUCUUCGUCAACGGACCCAGUUCAGGCGUUGCAGCAGAUCAUCACUCCUCGACGGCCCGUGGCGCUGGAAUCAGGCGUGCCCUUUGCCAUGCCGAGCCAGGUGACGAGGGAAAUGGCAUCGGGAAGCUUAUCAGCGGCCAGCGCGGCCCCCUGGGACCCUCAGCAGGUCGCAAUGUCGCCGUUUGCACAUCCUCACGUUGCGGCUCAGCAGCCAGUGGUGCCGCCAGCGCAGCAUCCUUACACGUCGCCAGUCUUCACCGAGGGACCAGCGGCCUCCCUGAGAUCGUCGUCCUUCCAGCAGAUGAAUCCUUCAACAUCGCUACUCGACGACGUGUCCCAGCACAGCGGGACUACUCAGCCUUCCGUCGGGGAAAAUCCCGCAGCGAUGAACUACAUCCAUAUGAACCCGUACCAAAACCCUUCAGCCCGUGAUUUCCCCCCUGGACCUCCCCCGCCCCCGCCUCCUCCCGGCGGUGGCUAUUAUUGAUUUAGCAAGAGAAACCGAAGACGGAUUUACGCACGACGACCCAUUCACAUGUACGAGACGAUCAGACGGACUACUCGAGCAAAGACUCGCGCCGUCCGCGAGCACACGGCACUCCAUCGGCGUGGUCGUAUGGACUACCACGUUAUUAGGGUGCCCCAUCUGCCGGAUGGGUUGGACAAAUCAAACGACCGGCUCCCAGUUACAAUGUGCGCAAAGGCACGAAACUGCCAACAGACGGGCCAGGCCAGUACUUGAACGAACGUCGUUCAUGGUCAUACGCGAUAGCUUGGAUAUACGGAACGGUCUUGACAU